AUGGACGCCAAGGAGUCGGCCGAGCACGCCGCAGCCGCUGCGGCACAAUACAAAGAGGCCCAGACACCAACUGAGGCAAAAACAGCCACGAGCCCCAAACGCGACCGCACGGCGUCGCUCGACGAUGUAGAUGAUGCGAAACCGAUCGUAAACUACCGCGCGCGCGGCGUGUGCAAGGCUGCUCUAGGCAAGUCGUUCCUCUUCGGGCGGCGCUGGACGCCGGGCACGUAUGCGGUGGAUGUGGACCGGUCGCACGUCGUCCGUUUUGAAGACGACGCCGCCGGCACGUGCUGGGAGGACACGCCGACGAAUAGGUACGCGUUUGCUGGUGAUUGUGAUGUGAAAGAAAGUGGAGACACGUGGGACGCGGUUUUAGAACUUUCGAGGGUCGCGGACUUGCUCGCCAAAGACGCGAAGCCCCAGUCGUUGGCCCUGAAGUUCCCGACGUCGACGCGGCGCGACCAAUUUAGAAGGGCCAUCGACGAGGCGCGAGCGAAGGGCGAUCCUGCCGCGGAAGCCCUGAAAUUCGCUCGAUCUCAAAUCAAAGACGACCACUUCUCUCCGCCUCGCGAAAAGCCGACGCGGAAGGCGCCGACGCCGCCCCGCGACGACAGGAGUCCAUCGAGGACGCCGGAACCGAAGAAGGCGCCAGCGUCGCCUAGGUCCAAACUAAGGGAACUGCGCGCGACGCUUGACGACGACAUCGGGCCGGCCGUGGCCGUGCUCGCGGCCGGUUUAGCCGACGACCCCGACGACCAGUGGCGGGCGACGGCUAGGGCGAGCGUGGCGCAGCUCAACGGGCGGUUGGAUCGGCUGCAGUUCGCGGGCGUCGACGGCGUCGUGACGGCGGACAUUGACGAUGAAGAGGAGCGGUCGGCCUGCCGCGACGCGCGCAAGGCGUUGAAUAGGGAUGUGGAGCGCGUCCGGGAGCGCAUCCAGGGGCUCCACGUGGAGCUGAAUAAGGUUAG